CUUGUUGGAUGUAUGUGUAUAUUGCUGCAUUUGCCAACGUCAAGUCAAAUUGCAAUGAUCAUGGGUCGGAUUUCUGUUAUUGUCAAAGAGAAAGUGGUCGAUUGGCAUGCUGACCAUUUUUUUACAGUUAUGGAAUAAUUUCUACCAUAUUCUGAGCUGAAAAUGCUGUUAGUGAGAUGACAAGUUUGCUGAAACUAUGCAGCUAGCUCGGUUGCUGGUUAAAUUAAUCCUUUGACAAUUAGCUAAUCUUUAAGUAGUUAAGGUACAUUCGCUACUUAUCUUGCAAACUAGCGAUGUAUAAUGUCAUCUGUUUAAUAGCAAACUUAGGCUGUGUUACAGCUAACCAAGGGAGGAAGCUAACCUGUUACCUAGCUGACACAUUUGUAUAAAUGCAGAUGUGGUUAUAGCAGCACUCGGGUAACUUGGCAAUCUCACAAACGUCGUAAACAUUUUUCAUUAUUUAUGACACCAAACUAUUUGAUAAUUAUCGUUUGAGCAUUCUGAACAACUAUGAGAAUCGAAAAGGCCAGACUACGUUAGAUCUGUAUCGAAACAACCCAAAUUGUUAAGCUUGAUUGUUUAUAAACUAGUAGUCUUACGUUGUAACCCUAUAGCCAGCAACCUUUAUUAAUAAUACAGAUAUGUCGUAUAAAAAACACUCAAGAUCAGUAACAACAUAAUUAACAAAUGGACGGAAAAAGGAUUGUCGAAAUCAGUUGUCACCUCAUUAUAGCCGGUUGGAAAAGAUUGCUGCAGUUCUCCAGACACUGAAAAAAGGGGAAGAGGAUGGAUUGGUGGGAGGACUUCCCCCAGGACCACGCCUCUGUGGACUGGGCCAUCUCGGGCCUGCCUGGGGACCUGGACGUCCAGCAGCUGCUCAGAGACACCGAGGAGAAGCUGAAGCUGAACGCUUGUAGUAUUGAGCAGAGCCUGAAGGAGCUGCAGGUGAAGUUGGGUGACUCCUGGACAGGGGACAAGCCCUCCACCCCCACGGAUUGCUUCCACUGGUUCAGUCCGCGCAACCUCACUUUCCUGAAGCCCACCUGUACUGGACAGCAGCAGUUGCUGGACUUUCUCAAAGCCCUGCAACAGUUUUUAAGGACAGAGGAGAAGGGGCGGGAGGAAGCGACCCUGCAGCUCCUAUUGGACAUCUCCUCCCAGUGUGGCGUGGCCUUUCCCCGCCCCGCUCCCUUGACCGCCCAGCACCCGGCGGCUGGCUCCCCGGUGCACGCGGUGAGGGAGGAGGCCGCCCUGGAAGUGCAGGAGGUCUGGGAGGACGUCCGGCUCCUGCUACGCCGCCACCUGCUGGACAAGCUGCAGACUGCGGUGGCGGCGGACCCCGACGGGGGCGGGAGCCGGCCCCGCGCGUCCCAGCGCGCCCAGCGUCUCCAGCAGCUCCUCUUCCUGUACCCGGAGGCAGAGGUCCUGUCCCGCUACCAGAGCGUUCGGGUCAAGGCCGUCCAGGACGUCCUCCAGAGCGCCCAGUCCUCCUGUCCCGGCGAGACAGGUUUCGACAGGGUGGCCGGCGGCUUCCGGGCGGCGUCCCCCGCCCUGCUCCGCCUGGUCGGGGAGGACCUGCGGGCCCUGAGCUCCCUGGUGGAGCCCGCCGCGGCCCUGGCCUUCGUUAACCACGCCCACCUCGCCACCGUCGCGCGCGAGCUGGCCUCUCUCCUGGAGAAGCUGGUGGAAAACACGGCGAAAGACAACAGCGCGAGCGGCGGCAAGGUCAGGAAGUGCUCCGCCAAGUCCAGAGUAGCGGUCGCUCCCCAGGAGGAGCCCCCGAGGAGAGGGCGGAGCUUCUGCCUGACGUCCCACCAGCUGAGGCAGCUGACCCUGCUCGCCAGCGUUCUCCUGGACCUGGAGGAGCGCGUGGAGGAGCUGGCGGCCCACCUGGGCUUCCUGUGCUGUGCCGGGGAGACCCCCUGCAGCGUGAGAGGGAUCCUGAAAAAGACCAGAGACGACCCAGAGACGACCGUACGGGAGAGCAGCAAAUCAGCCGCAGAAACGUUCCCCCCGCUCCCCGAGGCGACGGCCCUGGAGUUCGACUGGAGGUCCGCGCUGAGGGAGCUGGCCCCGCCCAUGGCCCACUGCGUGAAGGUGGUGCUGGAGGACGUGUGCGCCAGGGGCCUGCAGCAGGAGGAGGAGGCGGCGGCCCGCGCGUCAGGCUCCGCCCUCCUGGCCCUGGCCGACGCGCCCCCGCCGGAGGGCCCCCCCGCGCCCCGCCCGGGGAGCGAGCCCCCGAAAAUGAUCGCCAAGUUUGCUGGUGACAUCAUGGCGGAGCUGGACGCCCUGUUUCCCCUGGCUCUGGCCUGCCGGGAGGACCCUCUGCUGGACGUCCGGGCGAGCUUCGUCGAGGCCGCCGGCAAGGUGACGUCGGCCGUCCUGGGCCGGCUCCAGGAGAGGGGGAGGGAGGUCCCCGCCUCGGCCCCUCUGCGGAACCUUCCGGCGCUGCUGGCCACCGGAGUCUACGUCCAGCAGAGGCUCGGCCACUACGCGGCCCGGCUGAAGGACCCGGCCCGAAUGUCUCUUUCCCUGCUGCCCGUCCAGAAGUGCCAGGAGCUGACGGAGGCCCUCCAGGAACACCUGACGGGCUACUGCGUCCAGGCGUGCGCCACCUGCGUCCUGCACGACCCCGAGAGCCACCACUGGGGCGACCCCAAGCCGUUUUACGAGGGGGAGCGGUGUUCCUUCUCCAUCCAGAUGUGGCACUACUUCCUGUCGGGCCUGCGCAGCGACCUGUGGGCCCUACUCCCACCGGGCCUGGCCCAGGACAUCCUGGCCCAGGUUCUGAGCCAGACCCUGGAGGUGCUGGUCCACCGGUACUCUCGGGCCUGCCCCUCCUACAAGAGGACCCAGCAAAUCAGGACUGACAUCACGGCCAUCCUGCUGUGUGUGGAGCAGCUGAUGUGGGGCGUGUGCUCCAGCUCCCGGUCCCUGGUCCGGCCGGAGUCCCGGGACGGGCCCUGGAUCUCCUCCGCGCACAGCCUGUGCGAUCAGCUGAUGAACGUGCUGGUCGUCGUCACCUCGCCCCUGCCGGACCUGUGCAAGCAUUUUUACAGAGAUCCUUCGGACGAACCUCCCUCUCCUUCGACAGAGACGCCAUCUUGCAACCAGGGGGCGCAGUGGCUGCGUCAUAUCAACCCGUCACUUUUUUCAGACGAGUCACUUAGGCGAGGGGCGUCGGCGGGGGACGAACUGGAGGCCGUGGGUCGGCUGCGGCUGGCGUGCUCGCAGCCGGACUGCAACUACAAGCUGCUGCUCCAGGCCCUUCUGCAGUCCGACUGCGUCCUGCUGCAGGCCCUGCUGCGCAGCUCACGUUCCUGUGCGGAGGACGGGGCAGAAGACUCGGCAGAGGUCGGGCGGGAGGGAGACGCGUUUCUCGAGGCCGCGUUCUCGGUGCUCUCCACGCUCAACUGCGUCCCCAAGGCCCUGGCCCUCGCGUUCGAAAGCUACUUCGACGAGCGACGCCUCUGGGAUCGUUUAUAUGACCUGCCAGACCCCGGCCAGGCAGAGCCCACCGUGCUGAGGUGCUUGAGAGCUACGAUGACCGAGUCCAUCGACGGCAUCGUGGGCAAAAUCGUCGCCAUGGUGACGUCCUGGCAGGCGUCCGACGACCGCGCCUCCUCGCCUCCCGCGCAGGUCGUCCCAGAGAGCGUACUCAGCAAAGUACCGAAGGAGUGGAACUACAUGUCCCAGGACCCCAAAGAAAAGGAGGCCGCCAACGGCUGUGCCAAGCUUCUGCUGCAAGCCGUCUCCUUCGUCUUCGCCAACCUGCCCUCCGCGGUGGCGUCCCUCCCCCUGCCCGUCCGCUACCUCUUCCUCGCGGGCGAGAGGCGCCUCUCCCAGAAUUCCCGGCAGCCGAGGCCCACGGGGCUGCUCCUGUGGGACCUCCUGGGCUUCCUGUGCCAGCGCCUGGAGGACGGGGGCGCUCUGGAGCGCCUCUCCGACCGGCCGCCGCGCCGCGGGGACGCGGAGACGCUGGCGCUGGUGGCCGAGUGCCUGAGGGCGGCCGCGGGCCAUCAGAGGGCGGGGCCCAAACCCGCGGUCCUCACGGCCCUGCAGACCCUGGAGGAGAAGCGCCCGAAAUGGAGGUCCGCUCAGCUCCAGAAGGCCCGGAAACUGUGCUCCGAGGGGGCGUUCGAGCCGGUGGAGACCGGCGCGGCGUCGGAGAGAGGCGCUGGCGCGCCUGAACUGACUGAGCAGAAAAUAGGUCUGAUGGUCCUGGAGAUCUGCCACAGAGCAGGUGGCGGCGAGUACCUGAGGCAAAUCUAUCACAUCAUCCGACUCAAUGAGGAGCUGCUGGCCUCCCUGCUCUCCGCUCCGACGGACCCCACCCAGGCCGGCCCCCAGGCCCCCGCCGCGAUCCUCGACCCGGGCCCCGCCGGCCCCCGACCGCCCUUCGACCCGGUCGCUCAGUUCAACCGCAUCGGCGCCAAGGAGUUCGACCAGUCGGCCAUAAGUGACUGGAGCUGGGACUGGGCCCAACUGCUGCCAAGUUAUCAGAGGAUGAGUCAGGUGACCUUGAAGGCGCUGCUGGCAAACAGGUGGGACCUGCAGGAUGGCGCGGCCCUUGAAGAUGAAGAGAGGGCCCUGGCGGGUCUCCUGCGGAAAGCCUACUUCGGCGACGGCCCGGGAUCAUAGCGCUCCGCCGGCGUUCGCCGUGCCGAAGCGAGGCGCCGGAGCCGAGCGGAGCCCCGCGCCUCGCCACGCCAGGCGGCGGCGAACGCCUUCGAUUGAAGACGCGCUUGACUCAAAAAUCGCUUCCCCCUGAAUUCUCAACCUUUUAUUUUCUUCUUCUUCUUAAAGUUUGGGAAAUGAAUUCAUUUCAGGCCAGAGCAAUUGAGGAUGAAACGGAAAUUCAGAUUAAGGGCGCCUGUGAUCAUCAACUGUUCAACUGUUUUUAUUGUUUGUUUUUUUCAAUGUGCUAGUCCAAUAGCCAGGAUUGUUCUUUGAGACUGCCCUUCAAGGCAGAAAUUAUUUAAUACUGUGUGCCCAAGAAAAUAGGGAAGAGGCCUUGGCUUUGGUAAGAUCCGCAGGUAAGCCUGAAAACAAGAUGGACUCAAAUAUCCCACUGUUAUCAACUAGUUCAAAUGAUUCAUGAUGUGAAUAAUUAUCAAUUUAUUGUUAUUUUUAUUACAACCCUAUUGACAAGAAUUGAAUCAUCUGUGAAACUACUGCUGUAGUGAAAUGAGGUACAACAUUCAAAUGGGGAAAAUCGUUUUUUUUUUUUUUCAAAAUACAGCAUGCAGCACUUAAAGAAAGCAACUCUUUCAAAUGUAGUCGUCCUUGAAACUCGGAGCGAAAAUACCAGAGUACCCUGAAAAGAGAUACACGAAGACUACUUUCUCAGACAACGUGCGGCUUGUCUCGCAAAAUCAACAUGUUUCUGUCUAAUUCUUGACAUCUUGGCUGUCUAGUCCUGGCGAUGCGCUUUCAAGCCUUCCUCUUGUACACUGUAUCCUCUGACAUGUGAAUCCUCUGUGAAUAGAGGGCAAGAAUGAAAAAAAACUCACUUUUUCAUUGCUUCUCAGAUCCUGUCACUGAUGCUGUAAAGUUAUAGGACUUGGUGUGACUUGUGUACAGAAUGUUAUGAUUUCAUGCAUCAUUGCUAUAGCAUCCAUAGAAUAUAUCAGAUGGAAAUAUUCUUGUAAAAUUCUGAAUGUAUAUUUUGUAAGAACUCCCCUAGAAUGAAUGUGAUUAUUAUUAUUAUUAUUAUUAUUAAUAUUAUUGUUAUUAUUAUUAUUUCUGUAAAGGAUUAUUAUUCUGUUGAUGUUAGUUUCAAAAAAUACUUUUAUUAAGUGUAUGAUAUGAUUUUUUUUUUUGCACUUAAAAGUAUUACUGUGUCUUAUUAAAUCUUUGUAUCCCGUAGUACUGUAAGUGUCUGAAUAAAUUAAACAGCAACUCUGUGCUGAUCUUUGUCAGUAUUCAUCCCCAGUGUAUUCAGAACAAUAGACUAAAAGGUGUCAUUUAAUGUAUUCAGAUUUCAAAUUUCAGGUCAAUUAAGUGCAGUUCAAGUGCUCUCCAAUUGUAAACAUUAAUUAUGCAAAAGAGAAUGAAUCUAAUUUUCAGUAAUUAUUCAUUUUUGUUUCAACCAUAAAAAACUAUUAAUUAUUAAAUACAGGAAAAUGUUUCACAGCAGAAUGCAGGAUGAACAUUCAGAGAAGCUGAAAUGGUUUGCUAAAUUGUAUUUCCAAAUAAAAAACCUAUUUUGGAUAUGUAGCUUUUACAUAAUAAUAAUACAUUGUUAUUCUUAUAUAUUCAUAUCAAACUGUAUUAUGGCAGUUUCUGUGGGGUGACGUUAUAAUGUAACCCAGAUUUUGCUGUGUAUUCCAAAUGUGAAGACUUGUACUCCAGGGGUGAUGGGUUUCAAGGUGAGUUACCUAUUCUGCCCUUAGCCUGAAUAUCCAUCAUUUGUAUCAGUAGAAAAAGUAGUGGUGUGUGAGUCACCCUGUGUGGGGGCAUAUCAGAAGGUAAUUGUCCCUGGUGCUUGAGAUGUUAUACUGCUAUGAAUUGUGCCUUUUGCUGAGAUCAGACUGACAGAAGUAAACUUGUGGAAGACCAUGGGAAAAUAGCGGGAAAGCACAACAUUUAGUUGAGAGGGUUUUGGAAGCACUUUGCGAACAACCAAGGGCUAUGUUUUCUUAGCUUACAUUUUCUCUUCUUGCUCCUCUAAAUCAUCUCCCACUUUGGUUUCUACAGUUCUUGUCCUUAUUUGCACCCAACCCAACUGCUGCAGAUGUGCUGUAAAUGAGCGUGAUGACCUUACAAAACUUUAUUUCUUUUGAAGAACAGUCACAGAAUGUUUGAGGCAUUGGCAUGUCGGAGAAAGCUUUACUGCAGAGAAAACUACACCUGU